AUGGAACACGAAGGCGACAGUCGCGUGCACUUCUCCGAGGUGAGCGAGCCGUGGUCGAGCUCCCGCCACGUAGCGGUGCUGCAGGCGCUGAAUGCAGUCGAAAAGAAACUGGUGACGGCGCUGCGCACGGCGGCGACUGCCGUGUCGCUCCUGGCACCGCGAGUGUCGUCGGACGGCCACUCUUCGCUGGCGUUCAACGCCUCGUGCACCGAGUUCUUGCAGCUGGUCCAAGAGAUCCACGCCGAAUUGGCGACGCAUAUCCAUCUGGUGUCGGACUACCGCACGUUUGCACGCAGCACGUACGGCGCGGAGAAGGACGUGGAGAUAUGCCGUGCAAAGAUCAAGGUUGUCUCCGAGCAGCUGCAGACGCUCUCGGGCUUCCUCGAAGACCACUAUACGCCCGAAGAGAGCUAG